CCAUCACGUAUGCGGGCAGGGUGUGUCACCUCGGAGUUGCGUGGGAGGAGACAGGUGUGAAUGAUGUGUUAAUGUUCAGAGAGUCGUCACUCCCUCUUGCAUUCCAGCUCUACUCAGCUCACAAACAUGCCACACAGCCCCAAGCCUCAGUAAAGUCUUCCAGCAUCACUUCCUGUCACUGCACAGAGAAACUGGAACAGCGGACAGAUUUGCAUCGCACUCACAUGGUGUACAACCACUAGGACUGGAUAAAGCUAGGGUUUGUUCUGGUCUGUAAUUCCUGGAUUCCUUUAGCAUUGUGGAUAUGGGGGGCAGAGAGGAGGUAACGCUGGACAGACUCGUUUCCGCCAUGCCGUUUUCACACACCAGGUUGAACCGUUUCAGGCUUCGUCCUGCCAAAAGCCCUGCGAGGAACAAGCGUGUGAAACCAUCCUUCUACAAGAAAAAAGCCAGAAAUCCCAGCCCCACCGAGAUGAGCGUGGAGCCCUGGGCCAGCCCGCAGGACCAGGCAGCCGCUGAGGAAGAACACAGCACGCACACGGCAUCCUCCCAAGAUCAGGAGCAGCACCCCGACAAACUCUGCCUGGACUCGUUCUGGAGUGAGGUGGAGACCAUCCGACAGGGGAGUGGCUAUACAGAUCUCGACUGCAGCAGGAGAGACUCCAGGCAGUCAGAAGAAGGUGAACAGGAGGAGCAGUGGUUGGCUGAUGCUGGUUUGUCGAACCUCAUCAGUGAGGACAGCGAGGAUGUAGACAACGUGGUGCUGCUGUCGACACUGACCCGGACUCAGGCCGAGGCCGUGCAGCGUCGACUGAAUUCCUACACGCUGUCCCUCCGCAAGAGGAACAAACCGCGCGACGUCCGUGACGUCUUCAACUCACCCAUCGCUCAGAACCUUCUGCCUGAGUCCCAGCAUAGUGAAGACCUUGCCCAAAACAGCAUGGCAUCGGUCGCCAAAACACCACUAUCAGGGUGUGUUUCCCACUCAGCUGUGACGCCAGAGCAUCAGCGAGGUGCUCCAAAAGAGGAGUUCUUCAUCACCGAUGUGGCUUACUGCGAACAGGCUGUCAUCUUCUUCAAACAGGCCAAACUGCCGCAGAACAACAGCCAACGCAGAAAAGAGGAUGGCACCCUGCCACGGGUGAUCUGCCCCAAGUGCCGUCUAGGGGUGACUCGUAUUCAAGAUCUCUCCCACGCUGACAUGAAGAAAGUGCGUCAGUUGGCUCUCAUCGACAUGACGGCGCUCUGCGACCUCUUAGAGCUGGAGGUCAAAAGGCACAAAACCGGCAAGAGAAAAAUCCCAGAGAGCACGCUGUUCGGGGUGCCGUUGGCCACGCUGAUGGAGAGCGAUCAGAAAAUUAAGCCCAACACCUCGACUCCUCUCUUCAUGCAGGCAUUGUUGUCGUUUUUAGAGAAGAAAGGAGUCGAUUCGGAGGGGAUCCUGCGGGUUCCAGGAUCUCAGUCCAGAAUCAAGCUGCUACAGCAGAACUUGGAGACCAACUUCUACUCAGGGCAGGUCAGCUGGGAUGAGGUGAGUCCAAACGACGCUGCCGCGCUGCUUAAGAAGUUCAUCCGGGAACUGCCCGCUCCUCUGCUCACCACCGAGUACCUCAACACCUUCAGCGCUGUCAGAGACAUCACAGAGUUGAAACAGAAACUCCACAUGUUGAACCUGCUCAUCCUGCUGCUGCCUGAGCCCAACAGAAACACACUGAAGGCCCUCCUUGAGUUCCUCAGUAAGGUGGUUUCCAGGGAGAAGAAGAACAGGAUGAACCUGUGGGCCGUAGCGACCAUCAUGGCUCCCAACCUCUUCCUCCACAAGGCCGUCCCCAGCAGACUGACUGAGGGGGCAGAGAAAGGGCAUGCGGAGAAGGCAGCUGAUGUUAUGAGGCUCCUCAUCCGCUACCAGGAGUUGCUCUGGACGAUCCCUAAUUUUCUCAUGGGCCAGGUGCGUAAGCUGAAUGAGAACAGUAACCGGCGUUACCAGUUCUACGAUCGCCGCAUCAAGAACCUGCUGAGGAAGAUCCACACAGACAGCCGGGAAAAACCUGAUAAGAACAGCUCAGAGCUGUGCCGUACAGUGAAGAUCCAGGUCGGGGACCUGGUCAGCAGCACCAUGGAGUACCAGCUCACGACAAACUCUCGAGCCUCAGACCUUCUAGCACAGUUUCAACGCCAGUCCCUCCGCAGCCCUGAAAAUGGAAAGGGCAAAAUGCGAAGAAACGGCUCUGUGGCGUAUCCAGACUGUGCCCUAUAUGAAAUCGGGGGGAAUAUUGGUGAGCACUGCCUAGAUCCCGACACACACCUUCUGGAUUUGUACAACAGUAACCAUGGAGGAGAGUGGGUCAUCAAACUGAAACCCAACGCCAGCAGAGGGCUGUGAAGGAUGGACAGAAAGAUCAGGGAACAGCUUGCUCAAAAAGGACAAAAGCAAGAACCUAAAAAAAGAUAGAAUCCAUGGAGCCCUCUCGUCCUUCUUGUCCCUUUCAUCCUUGGAGCAACAAGCGAAAGGGAGACAGAUGGACAGAUGGAGGAAGCAGAAACAGAUAGAUGGAAAAUCUGCCAGGAGCAGAGCCUAAAAACUGUCUAUGAUCAGAUGGACACACAUUGCCCUCUUUGUCUUUCUCUCUCUCUCUCUCCAUCUUCCUCUUCUUUUUCUCUCCAUCAUUCCUCUCCUGUGUUUUACUGCGGGGCAGCGACGCUGCAAGCAAAAAGCUGCUGACGUGACUCAUUACUUUCAACAGAGAACCUGCUGCAUACAAAACAGAGGAGAGAUGAGAGAAAGCGAACGGCUGGGCAGUUUGGGUCGCCAUCUUUUUUCAUCUCCAACUACGAGCGAGCAGAUGGGGAUGCAGAGCACCUCUGGCUAUAGAGAGCCAGAGUCCCACCCCCUUUCUCAGGCCAGCCAGACAAUGUUUUUCAACUGUGGGUUUCAUUCAUCAGUCUUUUGAAAGACCUCAAACAUGUUUCAGGAGCCCUCUGCCCAUAUUCUUGGAUGAAUUAGUGUCUGAACCUGCACUGGACAUUUAUUCUGAGAUACAGCUACUAAAUGGACCUCGUGGUGAGAUUGUUCUCCCAACAACUAUUUUAUUAACAACAACUUCAGCUUCAGUGACUGAGCGGUAGAGGCAGAGAGUGUAGAUACCAUAGACUAAUGGGAGCUGUAGUUGUUGAAAGCUAACAAAUCAUUUAAUAUGAAUCUCAAAUUAACCGUCAAUCAGUGCGUUUGCGUGCAUUUCAGUAACCAGGUUAGUCAGCGAAAACCAGGUUAUGCUGGUAAUCCUGGUUACUGUAAAUCCAGUAAGCAGAUUUCUGGCCACCCCCAACCUUAUUGUAGAAGCCUGGCUUACUGAUUAACUCUAUUAGAAGACCGUCACUAAAGUGCAUUAAGUGCAUGCACUGACUGACUCCAUUCAGCCUAGAAUAUGGACAGAAAACUCUAGUAUCAUGUUCUCAUGUUCUGCUUUUUUAAAAUUGUAUUAAACCCUGAAAACCAUCAACGCCUGAAAAUGGAGCGGGACUUCAGCUCACUUACUGACUGAUCAAUCAGGUAAUCAACUGACUGAUCCUCCUCAUUUGCUGGUUGUCUCUCUCCAUUGGCCGCUUUUCAGCUCAGACAUCGUGAUCACAAAGUAAACAAAGACUUCUCUGUAUCGGCUCCUUUCUUCGUCUGUGCCAUUCAAAGACGGAAAGAGACCUAGAUGAACUGAUAUCCCCUUGUCUGUGAAACCCCUUAGCUCUCCUGGGCCUUACAAAAAAUCCAUGGACUUCCAAGGACUCCUGACCUGUACAUAACAGUGCUUAAAGACACUUUUUUCUUUUCGAUACCAAGGGAUUUGGUGUCGCAACCUCAAGGACAGUUAUUGCACCUCUAAAGGGAGUUGUUAAGGAAACAUGUCGAAGCUGGUCUUCAGUUCUCAUUUUUAAACACAUGAAUGGAGCCGAAAGUGCUGAAGCGACUCUUGGGGUUUACUGGGAUUAAUAUUAUUUAUAUGAAUGUAAUGCCAUUGUUGCUUCUGUAUUUGAUGAGUAUUCUGUAGGCUAGAAAGACUUUAGGAUAAAGUGGAGUUGCUGCACUCAGUGUAACAGUAUGUUGUGUUAAGACACCCAUACUCAGUGUGGGAAUCAGCAGUGUUUUUGUACAUAUUUCCUCAUGCUAAAUAGUUUUUUCAUGGAUCUCUUCACAUCUGUUUCUCCUAAACAGUACCGUAAGAUACAUGUUAUGUGUAAACAUUGCUCAUUGAUACACUCUGCUGUGAAGAGGCGCUGAUAUCACUGCAGUCGGACUGUUUCUGGUGAUUGUGUGAAGUACUCCUAACACAUGCAAGCAGCAAAUGAAUGUGUUUAACAUUUUGUGCCGAUCGUCAGAUGUGAAUCAUUUUACUCCUCGCAAUCGGAGCCAUGUUGGUGCUCCGCAGCCAUUUUGUGGGAAGUGUCUCGCACGCCACACUCAAUAGAUGGAGUAAUGACAGCCGGCCCGGGAACCGGCAUCCAUCAACACCCUCUGCUCCAUCUCUGUCACCUCCAUAAUGGACCAUAAUGGCAGUGUGGUGCAUGCAUCAGAAACACGCAGAGGAAUCACAUUUCUUUGAUAAAGGAGAAGGUAAUAAAUGGCUGUUAUAAAUUCUGCUGCCCUGGACCUGACGACAGCAGCGUUGUGUGUGUGUGUGUGUGUGCACGCAUGCAUGUGUGUGAUGAGCUUCAUUACACAAGUCCAAUUGGCCUGUCCCAGGGUCCCAGGCACAGUUCAGUGCCUCGGCACAAAGCGAGCUGAUGAAACCGCCUUCUGCUGACAAUCAGGAGAACUAGGUCACCUCUGAAGCAGGAUCCCAGAGGGCAAGCAGCGCGAGUCCAAACACCCCGAGGAGCCGAGCACAUGGACACGUAUUGUCUAAACACACAUGACACACGACGGGCACACUGAAUGACAUGAUGUGGAGUCACCAAAACGUGGGGCGGGGGGAAGUUCACACACUGAUACACCGGUUUUCUAUUGACUGUUUGUGUUUGUACAUAUGUGAAUGUGUUUGUGUGAAAAAAAAGAGGAAGCUCCCUUUGGGGUAGAUAUCUCUGGAACAGUGUUAUCUACAGUAUAUAAUUACCCGAAGAGACUAAAUGACGGCCAGUUAUUGGAAUAUUUGUUUCCUGUCGUGAUCAAAGUGUGGUUGUGGGCCUCUUAUUGUCUUCAUCCAUGUCCAGCUUUUAUUGUGAAAAUUUGAGACGUCUGUCAGCAGACGUCAGAAUGUAUAUUUAUGCCCUUUACACAAGUCAUUGUUUUUAAUACUUCUGUGAAAAUACCUUAGCCUUUGCUGUAGAAAUAAAAAAACUUUUGAAAAAUGUCCCUUUUUGUCAAUAAAUGUGAAUCUAAUCUUGUG